AUGAUUGAGGAGGAAUCGAGGCCUGGUCUUUCGGCGGUUCCUGGGGAUGCCACGGAUGAGGUGUGGGCGAACUGGUUGAAAGAUAACUAUGCAUCCAAUUUCCAUGCCAUUGGCACAGCGGCCAUGAUGCCCCGUUCUCUAGGCAGAGUCGUUAACAAUCGGCUGCAGGUGUACGGCACGGCAAUGUUCGCGUUGUCGAUGCGUCUAUUCAUCCGUUUCAGCUUUGCGGACACCCGAUGGCUAACCUUUACGCUAUUGAAGAGCGCGCGGCGGAUUUGA